AUCGCCGGGGUCGGCGCGCCAUCUGAUGGUUCUAACGAGUUUGCAUCGGCUACCCACGUGUUUGGACAGAAGCGGCUGCUAAGGAGGUGUGCAAAAUGGCAGAAAGACCUAUGUGGGAGCAAAUUGGAACAAGUUUUAUACAACUGUAUUACCAGCAGUUUGAUACCAACAGGGAACAACUAGCUUCACUUUAUACAGAUGCUUCUUGUUUAUCAUGGGAAGGGCAGCAGUACCAAGGAAAAGCAUCAAUCAUGGAAAAAUUGAUGAGGCUCCCUUUCCAAAAAAUUCAGCACAACAUAACAUCGCAAGAUCACCAGCCAGCUCCUGACAACUGUAUCCUUAGUAUGGUUGUUGGUCAGCUGAAGGUGGAUGACGAUCCAGUGAUGGGAUUUCACCAGUUGUUUGUUCUCAAGAACAUUAAUGACAAAUGGAUCUGUUCCAAUGAUAUAUUUAGGUUGGCUCUGUACAACUUUGCUUGAAACCUCUGUUCUUAAGCAUGCCUUUGAGAUCGCUCAUCUCAAAAAAAAAAA